AUGCUUAAUGAACACAAUCAUGAAAAUAUUUCGGAAAAUAUCGUUAGUAGACAAAUAAUAAAUUCACGAAUUAAAAGAAAAUGUGAAAACAACUUAUUCACAAGGCCGAACAAAAUAAUUCGACAAGAACUACGUAGCACUGAAAAUGAUUUACAAACCGUCCAUUCUGAUAUCAAAUUAUGGAGAAAAAGUAUGUACGAUUUCCGUAAAAAAAAAUUACCAACAAUUCCAAAAUCACUGGAAGAAUCAAAAUUUCAAUUGUUUAACUUGCGCGAUACUCUUAAAACUAAUUUAGAUGAAUAUUUUUGCUACAUGGAAUAA